CUAAGGAAAGUAUUGAUCCGAUUCAACCUAUUAUUGACACAAAAGUAUAUUAUUAUUAUCAAAUAAGUAUUUUCUUCGAUUUUCAAUAAUAUAUCUCACAGAUUGGCCGAUAUUUUCGGUAAAAAGUCAGCGAUACGCACUGGGGUUCACAUAUUUGGUGUUCCUAAAAAGUUACGGUCCGAUUAAGACAAUUUUUGGGCGUAAGUAAAAAUACUUUGAGGGCACUAUUCGUGCAAAGUUUUAUCCGGAUACAUUAAUUGGUUCAUGAUUUGUAUACUGGAGAGUCAAAAAAUCAUAUGGAAUUUAACAUUGUGCUAUAUGGGAACGAGGCUAUUUUGCCACACUGUAAUGUAGGUAUGUCAGAAUAAGAUUACUCACCAAAUUUGGAUGAAAUCGAGUAGGUCCGGUCCUUAGAUCUGGAUUUUCACUCAGAUGUAUAAGCGGUGCCACGCAGUAGUCUAAAUUUGACAUCGGCUCUUAUAAAGCCUUUUCGUUCCAUCACGGGUGUAAAAUUUAAGGUCUCUGAAGCAUUAAGUUAUUGAUUUAUCGCGCAUUUAGUAGUUUUUAACAAAACCGUUAUAUGGGGAGAGGGCGGGGUUUUAAACCGAUUUCAUCCAUUUUCGCACUGUCGAUAAGGGUCCUUAUAGGAUUUGUUCUAAGCUUUAGUGGCUUAGAAGAUAUCUACAUUAAGCUUAUUAGAGGGGCCUUUCUAUAAAAUGUCCAUAACUCCGACAGUUUGUUGACCGUAUAUUUUUAAUCGAUUGCACGUUGUGAGAAGACAAAAAUACAAUGACAGAUAAAGGUACUGCUUGUUAAUUACAAACUAAAUUCAACUUAAAACAUUAAAAUAAAGAAGUUUAAACUCCAAGAGCUCAUCAAGUUCUUGUGUCUGCAGAAUAUUCUGGUUUAAACCUAGAGACUGUCAAAAGAGGAACCCGUACUGUAGCAAACAAAGCGCAGAAAACGGCGCUGGAUAGAUGACACUCUCAAGCAGAAGUCGAUAUCAAUUCAAAAUAGAAUGUAAAAACGAUGUAAAAAUCUCUUGGUACGGAAAAAAGAACAUAGUCCUCAACGGUCGGAGACGACGAAACCUUGUUGAGGCUCUAUGCACCAGUGAAGAGUAAUUAAAGGCAAAUCGAAAUAGUUAAUUACAAGUACAACCAAAUAUUAUUUUAGAUCAAAUUAGCAUACGCUUAAGCUCUCUCAAUUGCAUGAAGAUAUCUCGCUUAAUAAUCAAAAUAUUUGGAAAAACUAUAGAAGAGUUAACUAGAAGUUGUCAGCUAAGAUUCAGGUCUUUUGGUACGAGUCUAACCUUGACACACGUCAUACCCAAAAAAUUAACCAAAAUGUGUUGUUUUGAUCCAUAAGACAUAUUGAGAUCCUCUACUAUAUCUCUGAUUACAAUGCUACGAUUUUGAGCACUGCUUCAUUAACUUUUUCGAUGUUAUCUUCAUUAACAGUGAAGUUGAGUCAAAUUUGAUCAGUGAUAAUUUAACUCAAUAUCUAUAUCGAUUAAUCUUAGCUUCAAGAAACUACCGUUAACGGCAUAAAAUAAUGAGAAUCUGAGCAACGUGUACCAUGAGUAUAAAAAAUAUUAAAAAAGGAAAUUAUUUGAAGGAUAUAUAAAAUUUUUCUGAAUAUAGGUUUUAUUUAUAUACAAAUAGUUUCUAUCUUCGUUAAAUGAUAAAUGGAUGCUUGUUCAAUCGAACUCCACUGACUGGAGUUAAAAAGACUAUGCUUUUUUAUUAUAUUAUGGUAUGUGCUCUAAGCUUCUCCUUUGAGUUUCGGAUUGAAAAAUAUUAAAAAAUCUAAGGACGAGACUAACCACGGUAAUUGCAUCGAAAGUUAGCAGAAUAAAAAAUUGGACAUAGCUGCCUUUUCUUUGACUCAACUUUACCAAUUAUUCAUCUAAACUCAAUUAACCGAGGCUAUGUAUGCAUACUGGCUUCAAUAACUACUUUUUAUAACAUAUGUGUUUUUUUUUCACAGGUUCAUUCUAAGUGUAUCAGAACACGUGUCUUUAACAGAAAAUGAGGUUUCAUUUCUGCUUGCUUUUUCAUUUAUAUUUCACAUGUUUUUCAUAAACACGCUAGCUUUAGCAACUAGCUUACAGACGAAGAUAUGCAUACAGGGGAUCAUAUGCAUUUCAUGAGUUUGCUUUAAACGCACUUCCACACAAGUCCGUCCCGCUUGUUUGACAAAGAAAAUUCGUUGAAAGAAAUAUGCUCGAAGCUAGUGUCAUUGCCGUUGACAGGACAUUUCCAGUGAAGGCAACGAAAACAGAAACAAAAAGCGAGCAGCUGACAUUAGCUGAGCAAAAAUGAAUUUCCUAAUAUAUGGAAGGGAAAGGAAUUAAAAGCACGCAUAUAUGAGCUCAUAUCGUAGCAACCUGGCAAUAUGGCAGUCAAAGCAAGAAAAUUAAAAACGAAAAUGAAAGAAUGCGUUGCUGGCAGCGAGCUGGUGGAAGCCAACGCCAGCGUGAUGACCGAAAUUACAAUUAGAAAUGUGUGUGACUGCAACAUGUGGACGCACAUAUAUUUGUUAUUAGAGUUAAAGUAUAGUAAAAAGGUUUGCAAAAAAGCUGUAGAAAAACAGCUGAGCAUUGAGAUGACAGUGCCAAAAGAAAAGCAUACAACAAAAGCAAUAACAAAAGGUAGCAAAAAGCAAUAAAUAUAAGAAACUCACACACAAAGCCAGAAAGGAAGGAAACAAAGUGCAGUUAAGCACGAAAAGCCGCACAAAAACAAAUAUGCAACACGCGAAAAAUUAACACAAAAACCAAGCGCCACAAAAACACAAAGAAAGUCAGUGUGCAAGGGAAUGUGCGAUGAAAAAAGCGGAGUCGAAUUUGUCAAGUUGACAGCAGCCGAAUGGCCUUGAGAGAGUGUGCGGCGUGUACGAAAUGAAGUUGAGAGCGCCCGAUUGACACGAACGACGCACAGCUCGUGCGCUGAAUUCGCCGUGCAGCACAGUUUUCGGCGCGAAUUCGCCGCCAAUGUCGACGCACGAAAGGAUAUGGACUUGUUGGGUUUUUAAAGUAGCGUCGCCAUGUCUAGCACGGCAGAAUCAAACGGGCAGCGAACGCGUGCGGUAGCCAAUAAGCCAACGAGUCGAGUAACGUUUUGUAACUUUCAGGCAGACAGAGUUUCUGUGUACGUGGGUGUGUGUGUGCGCUUUGAAGCGCAAGGUUUUACAAGUGUUUGCUAGGCGAUUUGUGCUGUUGAAGAUCAACAGUCAAAACAAUAACAACAAAUACUAGUGCACACAAAGUGUUGCGCUCUACAUUUAUUAGGCAACAAAAAUAGCAGCAACAACAACACUUGUAACAAUAGCAGCAAAAACAAGUUGAAUUUGUGCCAAAUUUUAUUCAGUGUGUUUACAGUUAAGCGCGCUUCUGUGUUGGUGCGUUUAAUACUUUGCCAUCUCGCAAUCAAACACACAAACAAAUAUACAGAGUAACAUACAUAUAUACAUAUAUUGUGUGCUUUGUCAUAGUGAAAUUGCAGCUGCCGCUAGUUUGCUAGUUUUUUGUCUUUAAGUUUUUGUUGCUGCCAAAGUCACCGUUAUAAAAUAUUGCACAAAAUGUCACUGCAUAGCGUCGCAUCGUUGCAGUUUUGGUUGGUCAUCCUUUUGGGGUUAAGCCACUUUGGCACGCGAACCGAGGCACGUGCGGUCAAUGUCAGCAACACUUGGACCAUGCCGCAGGAGGGACUUAAUGUCUUCUAUCGCUUCUUCCGUGAUCGAAUAUCCUGGUUUGAGGCAGAUGCUGUUUGUCAAUUUCAUCACGCCAAUCUGGUGACCGUCGACAACAGCUUCCAAUUUGAUGCAACAAGAGACCUACUCCGUGAACUUGAUGUAAAUGACAUCGUUUGGAUCGGUUUGAUGAGGCCGCAGAGUUCGGAUCGUUUUAUGUGGGCCAAUUCCCGUCCACUGGUCACCGACACUGGCUACUGGGCUGAAUCGCUGCCACUAAUGGAUGCCCCACUAUGCGCCGUUAUCGAUCCCAUACGCGAUUAUCGCUGGCAUGCGUUGCGUUGUGGCGGACCCGAGACCGCAUCGUUCCUCUGCGAAAUGCCAGUGCCUUCUUGGGCGGAUUCUUGCAUACUCAAGGAUAUGCCGAAUCUUACCAUGCAGUACAUGGCCGACACUGCAAGCAUUGAGCUGAUACGUAACUGCGCCGAGGAGGGUCUGCUGAAGCAGUCGUGCAAGGGGAAACAGGACCGUGAUCGUGCACUACGCGAACUGAUCUGUCCACGAGAACGUCUCGAAGCGCAGCGUAUCAAUGACAUAACCAACUCUCACUUCAAAUCGCUGCAAAUCAUCAAUAGUAUACGUACAGACAACAAUGAGAAUAAUGACAUUGAACUCUUACCCCUAGGCGAAACAUCUUACGGCUCGGCCAGCAGCAGCGACAUCUCUGAGCAAGUUCCAACCGAAAAGAAUACCGUACAAAGACUGAUCGAACAAUUCAAUGUGGACGAUCUGAUGCAAGCAGAUGAGGCGGCAAUGCCAAUGAGUAAUUAUCACAUACCCGGUGAGAUCCCCAAACCAGUGAAGAAAGCUGCAAAGAAAGUGAUUAUAACAAAUGGUGGGGAAUACCAAAAGAAGAAUCGUGCACAGAAAUAUGACGAAAGCAGUAUUCAAUUGCCACCACCAACACCGAAACCAAAGAAGCAACAACAAUUGUUGGCUCUGGAAGACAUGAUGAUGGGCGAUCAGCCACAACAAAGCGGCGAACCGGAAAUGUUGGAGCAUGUAGGACCUGAAGAUGAUGAGGUUUCCAAUGAAAUAAUGGAACCGCUGCCACAUAAGAAGAAAGUGCUGCCACAGGACUUGAGAACAAUGACACCCAUAACCGAAAAAUCUUCGGAGGAGAUGAUAAGCAGAGAAAAGCCAGCACCGAUGAGUGAGAAGAAAAUAACUUUCGUUACUACACCAGCGCCAGUGACCACUACUACAAGUAGUACCACAUUGGCCCCCACAACUACGACUACCACAAUACCAACCACCACAACGACCACUACAACAGCAGCACCGACAACAAGUGCACCAAGCACUACUACAGCUCCAGACUUUGUUUCGUCCACAACCGCCAGGGGUGUGAAAAUUUCAGCAACAACAGCAGAGACUACCGAAGAACCUGUAGCAGCUACCACCAUACAUGCUUCCAGCGUCGCAUCUGCGCAUACAACCGAGUCCGAGACUCUUACUCACUCUUCCUCCACAUCGCCUAGUAGCUCAACAACAUCACACGUGGCUGCAAAAUCGAUUGACAUCGAAGACACUGAAUCACUUUCGAAUAUCGGUCAUCCAAUGCAUCCACAACAGCAGCAUGCUAAUGGUAAACUCGACGAGUUGCCACAUCCACAUGUAAAAGAGUUGGCAGAUAAUUCGCAUUUUAUACCACCAAUGUUGUUGGUGAAAUCUCAUUAUGUACCCCCGCCAAAGCAUAAUGAACACGAACAUCACGGCGCAAGCUUGAAUACGGUAUCCGUUGUUCAUGAUGGACACGCAGAUAUUCACGUGACAACAGGUAAGCCAAUUGAGGGUACAGUUCACUCUAGCAGUGCAAGCAACUACACGCCCACAACAACAACACACAGUCAUACAAUGGCCGAGAAAAGUGCUGAAACUGACGUUGAGACGAUGACCACAAUAACGGUGACCGCCACAAUGGCAGCAAUAAAAGCGACAACAACAAAAACAACAGCAACAGCUGCAGCAUCAGAGACAUCCACCAACAUUGAUGGAUUGACAAGCGAGACGAUCGAUAAAUCCACAGUACUGGUGCAGCAACAACAACAAGACCAGCAGAUGGCAGCUCAGCUAACCGCUAAGAUAAUAGACAGCACGAGUGCGGCAAAGAUAAAUCAGCAGCAAUCGCAACAACAACAACAACAACAGCAAGACAAUGACAAGCCGAACAAUUUGAAAAGACAAGCGCAAACUGCCAGUGAAGACGACAAAAUUGAAGAGAAAAUUGAAGAUGUCAAAGAAGUUGUUGUUGAGCAAGCAACAACAACUACAACAAAAGCAGAUGAAACAACAACAAUAACUACAACAGCGCCAUUGACAACACAGGCUGCCAACGUUAACAAGCAGCAUGUUACGGCAGCACCCGCAACACUGACAACAACUACAGGAACACCAGCAACAACAACAACAAUAAUAAAAUCUGAUGACAUCGCUUCAAGACAUGAAAUUGAGAAGCCAGUAAAACGGCGCCCACAAACAAAAGAAAUGUCCGUGCUGACAACUAAUGUUGGAGCAGAUGAAAUGCCAGCCAUUAUAACAACAACUACUAACAGUAUUACUACAACAAAGCCGGAUAAGCAACUGCACACAAUAAAGGCCUUAGCCACAACACAAAAGCCAAACAAAACAACAACAGCAACAACAAUAGCUGAAGUCAUACUGCGAAACAAUGGCAACGCCGAGAAUGUAAGUCCUUCAGCACAAUCAAUCUUGGCCACAGCUUAUGCUGCUACCAACGCUCCCAUGGUUUCCUCCGCAGCUUCCGCUUUUGCUUCCGCAGCAACCGUCACACCAACAACACACACAAUAACCAUAACAACAGCAUGCAGCAGUGACACAGAUUUAGACUCGACAACCGCCGAUACCUUGGAUGCGAGCUCCACAACCGAAAUUGCCGCCGACGGCAAGAAGCUGACGCGUGUACAUCGCACUUGCCAGCCGCGCAUCGAGAAGACACACAAGGGUAAGCAUACGAAACAUCAUGCUGCACACACCAUCGAGCCACCGGCACCAACGCGCAACUUCAUGAAGGAGCAAACCGAGACGCCGCCCUACAAGCCGAAUCGCCAUCGCGUGCUGACCAAACCAGAAACUGUCAGCUAUUUCAAGAAGAUUCUAGGUUAAGCGGACUACCUACGGCGAGUGAGCGAGAAGUGAGAAAGAGAGAUGGUUAUAAUAGGUAGCACAGGUGUGAAGUAAGAAGGCUGAAGUGUUGAGCACUCACAUAUAAAACAAAACAAAAACAAAGGCAAGUAAAUAUAUAUAUAUAUGAAUCUUUUGAAAAUAUAUAUAUAUAUUUACUGAUAAAGCAGCGCUAAGUUUGUAGGUAAGAUUAAAAAAAGUGGAACGCGAACUAACGCGGAAAUAAUAAUUGUUUGCGAGGCAUAGCAUUGCUUAAGCUCAGAGAAUAUCAAGAAAUGUAGAGGCAGAUAAUAAUUUCAAACAUCACGCAGCUUAACAACUGGGAUCUACGUGAAAAAAUUAGCAGCUAAGGGAUAAAAAAAGAGAAAUAAAUAUAGCAUGUCAAUUUGAGAGAUAAGCAAAAUGGUCUAUGUUGGUCACAACACACUCUUAAAGGUCAAAGAUAUGAUUGGUGACCCGUGAGUUGUCAUUUUGUUUUAUAUUAAGAUAAAUAAAUUGCAGAAAUAACAAAGGUGAGCAGGGUAUAAGCAGAAGGUUUACAUUGAUGUACGUAGAUUUCGAUCAAGGCCAAAAUAGUUGAGUAUCAUUGCAUAGGUUUACACAAACUACUACACAUACAAAUACAUAAAACAGAAACAAACAAAAAAAAAAAAACAAUUUUACAUACAAAAAAGCCAACACCAAAGCCAUUGAUAUGAUGUUAUACAUUUUUAAUGUUUUAGAUUUACUAUAUAAGCCGAAAAAGUUAAAGCGUUUCAUAGUUCGUUUUGCAAGUAACUAACUUUUCAUGCCAACGCCACGCCAGGUAAUCUGCAAGGUAAUAUAAUAUAUCGAUAUGCUUAGCUCAUUUUACUCUAUGCACAGUUGAUCUUCGAUCCUAUGAUCUUUGAGCCUAUGUAUUUGCCUUUAUGUACUGACCGUAAGCACCCUGUAAGGUAAAAAUCAUAAGAUUUCCACUGAGCUCCUUUUUUUCAUAUGAUCUGGAACCUCUUACAGAAAUAAAUCCUAGUCUACACUCAACACCUUUUACGGAGUCCCAAGCCAACUUCCUAUGCUUAUUUCAAAAUUUGUUCAAAAGAUCGCUCACCACAAGCAUGUUUUCACUUAGCAACUAUGAAGAGUUAAGUGAACUAUACGCUGUUUUGCUUUUCCACCUUAAAAAUAUGAAAUAUCUACGUUCCAUCCCCAACAGACAGUUGUCACAGGCCUUACAUAAUUAAAGAACAGUGAAAUCUUCCGCUAUGAGACCUUUUUCUGUGCAAUUCCAUAUGAUCAAGCCAAAUUCCUGACAGUUCGAUGAUCUUUAUCAGACUUUAUAAUAAAAGUUAGGAAUGUUUCGAUAAAAACGGUGUAGUUUAAGCAACAUUCGUCAAUUCAAGCAAGAAAAAGUCAUUAAUGAUGGCUCUAUAGCAUUACUCAUGGACUCUAAUACUAGGACCGGCUUAAUUUUGAAAGAAAUAUGACUCCCUCUGUCCUUAGAGCACACCAAACAGCGACCAUUUGAAGUUGUUACGGUGCCUCAACAAUGGCAGGUGGAUUAGCAUCACUCCAAAUGCGACAAUUUUAUUUAUUAACGUACCCUUUCAACCCAAAGUGAGCUCAUAGCUCAUUGGAUGCAGCGCAGGAAGGGUCGCGCGAAUCGAACCACGAUUUGCAAACUUUGUUUCGGAGUAAGUCCGUUUAUUAUAAACUGGCAAACCAAACUGAGUAUAAAUCAAGUAGGAGCUGUCAAAAAUAUCAAAUCUGAAAAAAGUAUUGCCUUAUUGAAAACCACACGUCUAAAAAUAUACCCGUUAUUUAGCUUAAAAAAAUGUAUUGCGGAAAUCCAACAUGGAAUUUCAAGACGGAAAUUUUUAUCGAUACUCAUUAUUGAUUUAUGAAGUUGUCAACAAAUUUGUUAAGAAAUAGUCCAUGCCUGUCAAAACAGACGCAGCUAUCAAAAAGAGAAGGUAAUUUAGACAUGAAACAUUUAGAAAUCGAUCUAGAAACGUCCGAACUAACGACAUUAUCUAUUUUACUAUUAUAAAGAGGAAAGAUUUUAUUGUUCGUUUGAAUUGAAUAGGCUCAGAAACUACUUCGGCUUUGACAAAUUUUUUUACCGUUGGAAGCUACACUCUUCUUGGUGAACAUGGGCAAAUAUUUUAUAUUAUACUUUCAAAAAGGGUAGGCAUUCUCAUGGCGUGCGCUGAGAGUACUAUUGAUUAUAUGUUAGAACAAAAUAACGUACUACGACUGUAACAUAAUAGUAGGCGUCAUGGAGGCAUGAGAGAGGAGUCAAUGUCAAGAAAUAAAGUGCAGCGCGGCUUUCGAGGAAAGCAGGGUUAAAGUUUCGUCGUCCACUCAAACCGGUGUAGUUGCCACGACACUAAAAUGGCUAUAGCUUUGAAAAUAAUUAGAAUUUUAUAUUUUGUUCUUAUCAUUAGAAGCCUUAGACAGAGAAGUCAGAAAUGUGAUUAUCUGUACAAAAUUUAUUUUAGAUCUGAUGCGAUAUGCGGAAUGCUAAUGUAGUAAGUAAAUAGAUGAUAUUUUCAGCAAAAUUCUGAUGAUAUGAAAUUUACAUGAAAUUUACAAUUUUAAUUGAAGUGUUUUUCAUGCCGAUGAAGGCGGUUUGAACAAAUAUAAGUAGUUGAUUAUAGAUUCAAUUAUAUCGGUUCGUUUCGAAGACUCGGAACAAGCUAAAUAUGUUGAAUAUUUGCUUAAUGCUUUUAGCAGCCGCUGUAUUUAAAUAUAUUCUUAAUAAUAAUAUAGCCUUAUUGCUCUUAUUUCGAGCUAUCGUUGCUUAAAUCUUCUUAUUGGAGGUCAAUAGAAUGUGAAUUGCAUCAUAUUCUUCGAGCUUUUCAUAAUUGUCUCUCUAAAGCAGAUUGGGCAAAUGUAAUGCACAUGUUGCAUGUCAGAUGUUUUUCAUUCAUUACAUAACGUUAUUAAUACCGUUGUAGAGAACUUUUCACGCAUAGCUUAAUGCCGUUUAUAUAACAAUAAAAGUCAUGCUUUGUAUAUGACCAGUGAAACCACAAAAUACACAGAAUAUUUAAAAUAUUAAUAAAUUACAAGCAGAUUACUUGGCGUAAUUGGUAUUGGCAAACAAUCUAGAUAUAUAUAUUAUAUAACUGUAUGUUUACCGAGCAUUUCUAAUUGCAAUUAAAUAUUUUACAGUUGGAAAUAAUGAACUUUUAAUUUUCAAGCAACAACAACAAAAGUAAUUAAUAAAUGUAUGAAAAUUAAUAAGCAAAAUAAAAAAAAAAACAAAUGAAACAUUGAAUAAUCAAAUAAAGAAGUUGGCAAACAAAGUUUUGCGCAAAACUAAAAGCGCACAAAUAUAAACAAAAAACAACAACAACAAAAUACGAGAAAACACACACAGAGAAGCGAACAGAAGAAAAACAAAAACAAAACAAAUUUUAUUACUCAUUAUGUACAAUUAAAACCAAAAAUUAAUAUUAAAUCGUUUUUAAAUUGAAUAACCCAAACAAAAAAAGUCACAAAAACAAUGCGUUUAUGCGUGCAUUUAAAUGGUUUUUGUGUUUAACGAUAUAACAAAAAAAAAACAAAAACAACAUUAAGAAUCGGAAAAACGCACAGCCACACACAAAAACGCAUUCAAACAAUUUUGCGUAUUGUAAUAAUUACAACAACAAAACAAUAUGUUUAAAAAAUAAAAUUAAUUAAUUAAUAAUAAAUGAUUAUGAACAGUUAUUAAGCCGACAUUGUGUAAGCAAAGCGCAUAAGAGUAUGUGUGUGUGCUUGAACGACCUUCUGUGUGUGUGUGUGUGUGAGUAAGUAAGUAAAUAACUUCAAGCUUAUUAGUUUGCUAAAUGCUGGCGGGAGCUGUAGACGCAACAAGCAGCACACAUACACACAAAAAAAAGCACAGACACACGCAUACCCACUUAUUCAUAAGUAUAUAGAGACAGGGUGGUGCAGCUGCAACAGAUUUUUUCGAACAUAUUUAAUUAUUUGUCUGCGUCGUAUUUAUUAUUGAGGUGGAAUUAAAGCGAUUACUGUCGACAAAAAUGAAAAUUAAAAGAGACAAAAACAAGCAAAUGCAAAGUUAUGAAAGUUUUCGCUAAUACAUAUUUGUUGUGUAAACAAAAAAACAACAACAAACAGAUCCAUAGUAAUGAAAAACAAUAGUAUUUGUGAAUUGGUAUUACAAAUAAUGAAUUGUAUAAGUAUAAUUAAACGGAAUUUAAUAAAAAUUAAAAAAAAACAAUAAAAAUUUAAA